AUGCCCUCAGAACACGCACCUGAAGGACAUGCGCCCGAAAGACACGCACCCGAAGGACACAAUUCAUCUAUAUCGGCGGCUGAAAGGUCUCUCAUAUAUUCAAUUAUAGAAAAUGUUUUGCUCAUAAUUUACAGAGUUUUCAUGAACAUUUUGUUAUUCAUAAUACACAUUAUAUCAUACAUAACUCAUGAACUCUUGUCAUCACCUGGAAUCACAACUUCACCAUACUAUUUAUCCGCAUCUAUCUUAGUAGAUGAAAAAUAUGAACCAAUUUUUAAAUUUCUUUUAGUAGAACUAUCACCAGUUAUAACAAUAUUAUAUCCAAUAAUUUCUUAUAUGCUUCCAUAUGAUAUUUUAAAAUCGUUUGAUGAUGAUCUUGCGAUAACGAUACUUUCACCUGUGAUACUUCAUAUAAAAAAACCCGAAUAUCAUUAUCAAGGAAUAACUGAUUCAAUGGCUUCAAUAAUAAAUAGUAGUUAUAAGUUAUUUCACGCACAUUAUUAUGGUAUAACUGAAGAAGAAGAAAAAAAAAUAGUUGAAUCACCUAUGUUUAAAAAGAUGAAAUAUGAAAUAGAAUUAGAUGAAGAUUUUGUUAAUUCUAUAGAUAUUUCUUACAUGAUUCCAGAAUCUAUAAUGAAUACAUAUCAACGUUAUGCAGAACCUGAAGAAAUGGAUAGAAGUUCAAUGAGACAAUCAAGAUCAGGUGAAGCAAUAGCGGAAAUU